AUGUCAGGGCUGUUGAUGGAAAUUCCUAAGGGAUUCACGCAGAUGUAUGAAGAUUGGCCACUUUUAAGGUGCACUUUGAAGACCCAUAUUGCCAUUUUAUUCGCCUGGGCAAUAGAACGUUACAUAGCGCCCCUCUCAACAAAGCCUCUAACGGUGCCCAUGGUCGUUCUGCAGGGCUUAAACAUCGUGAUAGUUCUACUGGACGGGGACGAUCUACUGCAAGUCUGUAAGAUAAGGAAGGAGGCGAAGAUAGCCUCCAAGUACCCGUACUGCAUAAGGCUGAAGGAGUUCUACAGGUUCAUCAUAAUGCCGACGGUGUGCUUCCAGGUAAGCCGAAAACCUCACACAUUCGCGCAGUUCUACUAUCCCAUGACGAGCAGGAUCAACUGGGUGACGUUCAUAAAGCAGUUUUUGCAGUUUAUCUUCUUCCUCACAGUCGUAAAGAUCCUGGCGGACCAGUACAUAGUGGUCGCGGUGACAAACACGUUCACGAUGGACGAGUUCAGGUCGGCAAACUUCUCAACGGUGGCGUGUCACAUAAUAGACAGGAUGCUGCUGCUGUCAGUGCCGAUCCUUUACUGCUGGCUCCUGAUGUUCGUGGUCAUAUUCCACUUCUGGUGCAACCUGCUCGCGGAGAUCACGAGGUUCGGAGACAGGAGGUUCUACGGCGACUGGUGGAACGCGUCGUGCAUCGGCGAGUACUGGAGGAAGUGGAACCUGCCGAUUCACCAGUUCCUCAUAAGGCACAUAAGUAAGCCGCUGCACAACCUGGGCCUGCCUCGGGGGCUGGUCAACAUCAUAGUGUUCGUGAUAUCCGCGGCGCUGCACGAGUACCUGAUCUCGGUGCCCCUGGGCCUCGGCUGGACUGGCUACGUGUUCUGGGCGAUGAUCGCCCAAAUACCGCUGCUGCUCAUCACGGAGAUGGACAUGAUUAAGAAGAACAAGACGCUCGGAAACGUGCUCUUCUGGUGUGUGUUCUGUUUCACCGGCCAACCUCUCGGCGUCUUACUGUAUUGGUACCUCUGGGGAGUUAAGCAUGGAUCGUUCGUCUAG